AAUGUAAACAGACUGCUUUUGUAGAAAUGAAUAAAUAAUUAAUAUUACACAGUUAUCUCGUUUUAAUUGACCUUUGAAACACUUACAAUAAAACGAAUGUAAUUGUAACAGUAGUUAACAUGUCUUUAAAGCGGUUGGUCGGCAAAACAGCCAUAGUAACAGCCUCAACAGACGGCAUUGGCUUUGCCAUUGCUCAGCGUUUGGCGAGAGAGGGUGCGAAGGUCAUAGUAAGUAGCCGAAAAGCGGCAAAUGUGGAGGAGGCAACCAGGAAACUCACCCAGGAGGGGCUGGAAGCCAAGGGGCUUGUUUGCCAUGUUGCCAAACAGGAGGACAGAAGAAAGCUAUUCGAAGAAGCAAAGAAACUCGGAGGGUUGGAUAUACUUGUCUCCAAUGCCGCCGUCAACCCUGAAGUCGGAGGGGUGCUAGACUGUUCCGAGAACGCGUGGGACAAAAUCUUCGAAACCAACCUGAAAGCUUCGUAUUUACUCGCCAAAGAAGCCCUACCAUUGUUGAAGGAGAGCAAGGCGGGCAGAAUCAUUUUCGUGUCUUCCAUAGCGGCCUUUCAACCAUUUAACCUUUUGGGGGCGUAUUCUGUGAGUAAAACGGCCCUCUUGGGGCUCACAAAGGCCGCCGCCGUUCAACUGGCCCAGGAAAACAUUACGGUAAACUCCGUGUGCCCUGGCGUUAUUGAAACCAGGUUUUCCGCAGCUAUAACGCAAGAGGGGCCUGCAAGAGAAGUGUCUUUGUCCCAAAUACCCAUGGGAAGGUUUGGUGUGCCUGAUGAUGUCAGCGGCUCCGUGGCCUUUUUGGCUUCAGACGAUGGCUCGUACGUCACCGGAGAAAACCUUGUAAUCAGUGGGGGAAUGCCUUCGAGGUUGUAAUAAAGAAACUUCCACUUUGAUUCAA